AAAGAACGAGCAGUUACUCCUCACCAUGGGUUUGCCUCUUGAUCAAGUGGAAGAAUUGCGUCUCUACCAGCAAACUCUUCUCCAGGACGGACUCAAAGACAUGUUGGACCACAAUAAGUUCCUGGACUGUGUCUUAAAAGUGAAAGGGAAGGAGUUUCCCUGCCAUCGGCUGGUGCUGGCAGCCUGCAGCCCCUAUUUCCGGGCCAUGUUCCUGUCAGACAUGGAGGAGAGCAAGAAGAGGGAGAUCAGCUUGGAAGACGUCGAUCCAGAUGUCAUGGGCAAGAUCCUCCACUACAUCUACACCUCUGAGCUGGAGAUCACGGAGCAGAACGUGCAGGACAUCUUCUCCGUGGCCAACAUGUUCCAGAUCCCCUCCAUCUUCACCGUGUGCGUGUCCUUCCUGCAGAAGAGGCUCUGCCUCAGCAACUGCCUGGCCAUCUUCCGCCUGGGAUUGAUGCUGGAUUGCGCCCGGCUGGCCGUGGCUGCCCGGGAUUUCAUCUGUGACCGCUUCUCCCUGGUCUCCAGGGACGAGGAGUUCUACCAGCUCUCCCCCGACGAGCUGAUUGCCAUCAUCUCCAGCGACUCCCUCAACGUGGAGAAGGAGGAGAACGUCUUCGAGGUGGUGAUGAAGUGGGUGGGCACCAAGGACCGCGAGAGCCGGCAGAAAGCCUUGCCUGUCGUCUUCGAGAGCGUCCGCUUCCGCCUCAUGCCCAACGACUACAUCAAGGACCACGUGGAGAAGCACGCCAUGGUCAAGUCCAGCCCCGAGCUGCUCAAGAAGCUGCAGAUGGUGAAGGAUGCCCAGAAAGGCAAAUUCACUGUGGUGAAGAAGAAGAAAGUGAAGAAGAACAGCGAGAAUCAAGAAAAGGAGAAUGUUGUCAAUGGAGCAGUAGAUGAAGGGGAAGACACAGAGGAGGACGCUCUCCCUGGGAUCCUGAACGACACGAUGCGCUUUGGGAUGUUCCUCCAGGACCUUAUUUUCAUGGUGAGUGACAGUGGAGCGGUGGCCUACGACCCCAAUGCCAACGAGUGCUAUUUUGCCUCCCUGUCUACUCAAAUCCCAAAGAACCACGUCAGUCUGGUGACCAAAGAGAAUCAGAUCUUCAUUGUUGGAGGACUGUACUACAACGAGGACAGCAAAGAGGAUCCCAUGAGCUCCUACUUCCUACAGUACGACCAUCUGGAUGCAGACUGGCUGGGGAUGCCCCCCCUGCCCUCCCCUCGCUGCCUCUUCGGCCUGGGGGAGGCAGAAAACUCAAUUUUUGUGGUUGGAGGCAAGGAACUGAAGGAGGGAGAGAAGACCUUGGAUUCAGUGCUGUGCUACGACCGGCUGUCCUUCAAGUGGGGUGAGGCUGAUCCCCUUCCCUAUGCAGUCUAUGGCCAUGCAGUGGUGUCACACAAGGACCUUGUCUACGUCAUCGGGGGCAAAGGAGGUGACAAGAAGUGCCUGAAGAAGAUGUGUGUCUACAACCCAGCCAAGUUUGAGUGGAAGGAGAUGGCUCCCAUGAAAACUGCCCGCUCCUUGUUCGGAGCCACCGUGCACAAGGACAAAAUCUACGUGGCAGCUGGUGUGACAGACUCUGGUCUGACCAACUCGGUGGAGGUCUAUGACAUUGCCACCAACAAGUGGGACACCUUCACUGAGUUCCCUCAGGAGCGCAGCUCUGUCAGCCUGGUCAGCCUGUCUGGGGUGCUCUACCUGCUCGGGGGGUUCGCCACCGUGGAGACAGAGUCAGGAGAGCUGGUGCCAACGGAGCUGAACGACGUUUGGAGGUAUGAUGAGGAGCAGAAGAAGUGGGAAGGGGUCCUGCGGGAGAUCCAGUACGCCUCCGGUGCCACCUUCCUCCCCGUGCGCCUCAACGUUCUGCGCCUGACAAAGAUGUAG